UCUCACUUCCACACACAUACACACGCACACACACGCACGCACACACACACACACACACACACACACACACACAUACAUACUUCCCCACACACAAACUCUCUCUCCCUCUCUCCGAUUCCCUCCCUCUCGCGCCAUCCCACCGGUGACCAUGAGCUACUCGGGCGGCGACAUGUAUUCCAGCAGCUCCUACCGGAAGAUCUUCGGCGAGGGCCCCCGUCCCGGGGCCCGCAUGGCCCUGGGCGGCAGCAGCCCCUCGCGCGUGUCCUCCUCGGUCUCCUCGGGGUAUCGAACGAGCCACCGCAGCUACGGCGCGUCCCCCAGCAUGGGGUCCUCCUCGACCUACCGGAAAGCGGGCGCCGCGGGGCGCAGCUACGCCUCCUCGUGUGCCAUGGCGGCGGCGGACGCCGUGGACCUCACGCAGACCACGGCGGUGACCAACGAGCUGAAGAUCAUCCGCACCAACGAGAAGGAGCAGCUGCAGGGCCUGAACGACCGCUUCGUGACCUUCAUCGAGAAGGUGCACAGCCUGGAGCAACAGAACCGCGUGCUGGAGGCCGAGGUGGCGCUGCUGCGCGAGCGCCACAGCGAGCCCUCGCGCCUGCACCACGUGUAUGAGCAAGAGCUCCGCGAGCUGCGCGCCCGCGCCGAGGAGCUGUCCCACGAGAAGAACCAGAUGCACGUGGACUGCGUGGGGAUGAGCGACGCGCUGGAGCGCGCGCGCGAGAAGCUGGACGAGGAGGUGCGUGCGCGCGAAGAGGCCGAAAGCGUGCUCAAGUGCCACCGCAAGGACGUGGACGACGCCACGCUCGUGCGCCUGGAGCUGGAGAAGAAGGUGGAAUCGCUGCUGGACGAGGUGGCGUUCCUGAGGAAGGUGCACGAGGAGGAGCUGCAGGAGCUGCAGGCGAGCCUUCAGGCCACGCAGGUCUCCGUGGAGAUGGAUAUGUCCAAGCCCGACCUGGCGGCGGCGCUGAAGGACAUCCGGGCGCAGUACGAGACGCUGUCGGCCAAGAACCAGGUGCAGGCGGAGGACUGGUACCGCUCCAAGUUCGCCAGCGUGUCGGACGCCGCGUCCCGCAACCAGGACGCCGUGAAGCACUCCAAGGAGGAGCUCAGCGAGUACCGCCGCCAGGUGCAGGCGCGCACCCUGGAGAUCGAGGCCCUCCGGGGCCACAACGAGGCCCUGGAGCGCCAGAUGGCCGAGAUGGAGGAUCGCCACGGCAACGAGGUCGGGGAGAUGCAGGACACCAUUGGUCAGUUGGAGAACGCUCUCCGCAGCACUAAGGGCGAGAUGUCGCGCCACCUCCGUGAAUACCAGGACCUGCUCAACGUCAAGAUGGCCUUGGACAUCGAGAUCGCUGCCUACAGGAAGCUCCUGGAAGGCGAAGAGUGCCGUCUGAGCAGUGUGGGCGGAGCCAUGAUCCAGUCUGGGUACCCCGGCUUCUCCUACUCCUCGUCCCGGAGCUACGCCCUUGGCUCCUACCGCAAACCCGUAGCCAGGCCCGAAGAGGAAGAGGAGGAGGAGGAGGAGGUUGAGGAGGAGGAGGAAGAGGAGGAGGAGAAGGAGGGAGAGGACGAGGCCGAAGAGGAGGCAGAGGAGGGUGAGGGCGAGGAAGAGGAAGGAGAGGACGGGGAGCAGGAGGAGGAAGAGGAGGAGGAGGAAGAGAAGCCCAAGGGAAAGGACGCCAAGAAGGACGACAAAGAAGACAAGAAGAAGGAGAGCGCCCCCGCCGGGAAGACCGGCAAGAACUAGGCGGCCGGUGACAGGCCGUCAUCCAGCAUCUUCACCACCAUCAUCUUCAUCACUGAAUUCAUCCACAACGCCUUCCUCUGUGCACCAGUCCCUACCCUCACCCGGUCACCUGCUGCCAACUGGCACCCCGCUCAGCUCUGGUCUCUCUAGCAAACACACACACGCAAACGCACGCUCGCACACACACAAUCUCAACCACGCACACGCACGCACACACACACACUCGAGCACCCUCCAGAUGCGCCAUGCCUCGUCUGUAAUGUCGCCUUUUCAUUUCUCUCUCUCGUCACUCACAUGCCACUCUCGUGCUCCCAGCCAAUGAGGUUGGGGUUCUGGGUGUAAGGGGGGGGGGGGGCCAGACUCCGGAAGCAGGAAGUGAACCCAGGGGUGGUAUGUGGCAUACACGUGUUGUCGCCGUGACGACAGCUCCUCGUCCCAGUGAUACCACAUGGGCAGGGUGCUUAGGAGCUGCUGUCCCGGAGACAUCAGCCACCGUAGAACCCUCUAGAACCCUCUAGAACCCUCUAGAACCUUGCAGGAGCUCCAGACGCAGAUGCUCGGCUGUCUCUCUUACGUUCUACGGCGCCAGUGCAGAGAAAGGAUCGCCAUGUUGUAGGUUAGACGUCACGCUCGCUCCCUCUCUCUCUCCCUCUCUCUCCCUCUCUCUCUCUCUCUCUCUCUCUCUCUGUCAUGUCUGUCUCUCUCUCCCCUUAGACGACGUGGAGCUUAGGAAACACAACCGUCCGACUCUUACGGUGCUAUUCUGUCUGACUCCCGUAGGUUGGAGAGUGCCGUCUGUCUCCUCUGGAGAAGGUGCUGGGUGUCACACAUGCCUCCAAGGUGCUUCCAUUCGCAUGUUCGUCUUCCUUUCCUUCCGUCUCUCUUCCCGAAAUACGUUUGGUAGCAUGCGGGCGUUCGACACUCACUGCCUCUCCCUCCUUCAGAGAGAGAGAGAGAGAGAGAGAGAGAGAGAGAGAGAGAGAGAGAGAGAGAGAGAGAGAGAGAGAGAGAGAGAGAGAGAGAGAGAGAGAGAGAGAGAGAAAGAGAGAGAGGGAGAGAGAGAGGGAGAAAGAGAGAGUCUGGCUCGCCCCAGCAUCAUCCAUACGUUCAUCUCUUCUCCCAUUGACAGUAAAACGUAACGAGAGCAUCAGAGCAGCACGUCGUGGAGCUGGGAGGUGGGGCCCCUGGGUAGUGGGGCCCCUGGGUAGUGGGGCCCCAGGGUAGUGAGGCCCCUGGGUAGUGGGGCCCCUGGGUAGUGAGGCCCCUGGGAGGUGUGGCCCCUGGGUAGUGGGGCCCCUGGGUAGUGGGGCCCCUGGGUAGUGAGGCCCCAGGGAGGUGUGGACCCUGGGUAGUGGGGCCCCUGGGUAGUGGGGCGCCUGUGUAGUGAGGCCCCUGGGUAGUGAGGCCCCUGGGUAGUGAGGCCCCUGGGAGUCCCUGAAAGAGUCUGUGUUGGGGGUCCCCUGGAAUGAUAAACAAAUUUAGAGUUUGCUGCUGCUGCUAUAUAUCAUAUAAACAUAUAUAUAUAAAAAUAUAUAUUUUUAGUUUUGUUUGAAAAGUAUGAUUCCCCCGUCACCCUUGAUCCACUUAUUUGUCCAUAAAUAGCCUUGUAGCGAGGCAGGCAGAAGAGGGCUAAGCUAGGGGAGCUAGCGGAGGAGGGCUUAGCUAAUGGAGCUAGCGGAAGAGGGGUAAGCUAGUGGAGCUAGCGAGGGAGAGCUAAGCUGGGGGAACUAGCGGAGGAGGGCUAGCAAAGGAGGGCUUGCGGAGGAGGGCUAAGCUAGUGGAGCUAGCGGAGGAGGGCUUAGCUAGGCGAGCUAGCGGAAGAGGGCUAAGCUAGUGGAGCUAGCGGAGGAGGGCUUAGCUAGUGGAGCUAGCGGAAGAGGGCUUAGCUAGGUGAGCUAGCGGAAGAGGGCUUAGCUAGGGGAGCUAGCGGAGGAGGGCUAAGCUAGAGGAGCUAGCGGAGGAGGGUUAAGCUAGGGGAGCUAGCAGAGGAGGGCUCGUGGAGGAGGUAAAGCUAGCGUUUAAUCCGUAGCCAGGCUGUUGAGGACGGUCAGGUGGUCAGCAGCUUGCGCUGGCAACACCAGACCCUCCACUCGGGGCCCUCAGCGCCAGGUGGUCUCGACGUGGUCACCAGGAGCCGCGCCGCGGUAAGGGCUCAUAGCGCCACGAGCCCAGAGCCUGUCCGUAUACGCGUUGCUAUGGAAACCUGUGGAGAGUAGGGGGUUGAGUCUGCGAGUGGGAGGGAGGGGGGAGAGUGAGGGGUAAGGGGCGUUGUUGACCUGCUCUGACCAUAUAAUAAACUGUUAUUUUUUAUGGUUUACUUUAUGCAGAGAAAGCGCCUGAAGUCUCUCUCCCGAUACCCCUCCCCCUCUCUCUCCCGAUGCCCCUCCCUCUCCCUCUCUUGAUGCCCCUCCCCCUCUCUCUCCCGA